AUGAUCGUCAGAGGCCGUCAGCGGCAGAGAUCCCGUGCCGCUGCCGCUGCCGCUGCCGCUGCCGCUGUCGCUGCCGCUGCCGUCACCACCGUAGCCCACGACAUUGUUCCGUAUGCCUCGGGAUACCGCGGCUUGGUGGCUGCCUUGCACACUCUGAGGGUCAACACCACGGUAGGAGAGGUCUACGGCAUGGUGAACGUGUCGACUCCCGGCGUCGCGCAGUUCAUGGGAAUCGCCUUUGCCGAGCCACCUCUGGGUUCUCUACGAUUCCUCGCUCCCCGGCCCAAGAGCCGCGAGAACGAGACCAUUGAUGCUACCUACACGCGGCCCAAUUGCCCCCAGUAUCCCAUCAAUAAACAGACCCAGCCCAACGUCUACACCUACGACGCCAUAUGGCUGCAACCCGACGGGCCAACCUCGGAAGACUGUCUGACCCUCAACGUCUAUAAGCCCUGUAAGGCGUUGGCGGCGAGCAAUAGCACUGGGCCGUUCCCGGUGCUGGUCUGGAUCUUUGGGGGCGGCUUCAACUCCGGCGGCCUGGAGGAGCUUGUCUUCGAUCCAUACAACUGGAUCCAGAGGACAGAGGAACACAUUGUGGUUAUGAUCAAGUAUGAGCGAAUCCCAGACCAUUACGCAUCUCAAACGACAGAAGCCCUGUUUUCGCGUAACAGGGCACAAACCUUAACAUGGGCCUCCUCGACCAGCGGCUGUCCGUCGAGUGGGGUGCGCGACAACAUCGCCUCCUUCGGCGACGACCCCUCCCGCAUCGUCAUCUGGGGCCAGAUCUCGGGGAGCGCCAGCACCGACUUCUACAACUACGCCUACCCCGAGGACCCCAUCGUCGCCGGCCUGAUCCAGCACAGCGGCAGCGUCUUUGCGACGGGGGUCAGCGUCGACGAUGAGCACAAGAACUUCACCUUCGUGGCGGAGCGUCUGGGCUGUGCGGACUUGACCCCAGCAGACGAGUUCGCCUGCAUGCAACACAACGUGUCGGCGGAGGCCAUCAUCAGGUUCUAUGGGGAUUACAACAUGAACCAUUCCGACUAUCAGCUCAAGUGGACGACUAUUACAGAUAACGUGACCAAGUGGGAUGACUACACGGCCAGGGCCGAGGAUGGUAAUUAUACAUUGGCGCCCGCGAUCGUCGGAAGCAAUGGCAACGAAGACGCAUCUCUCAUCACUUGGCCCGGGUCCCACGGUCCGAACAUGACAGAGAUUCGCGAGAAAGUCAGGACGGGCCGGACGUGCCCUGUGACGUACCUGUCCAACCUCCGCUACACCACAGGCUCGCGCACGUUCCGAUACUGGAACAACGCCAGCUUCCCCAACAUCUCGCCGCGCUGGUGGGAGGGCGCCUACCACACGUCCAAGCUGCCCCUGCUGCUCGGCACCUUCACCGAGCACGGCGCCGGCCCGCCCACCGCCUUCGAGUACGAGGUCUGGGAGCAGUGGCAGGACUUUUACCUCGCCUUCCUGAAAGACUCAUCGGGCCAGGGCCUGGUCGACAUGGGCUGGCCGGCGUGGAGCCCGAACGGGGCCGAGGCGGUCAUGGUCUUUGGCGAGGGCGGGGGGAGGUGA